AAAAUCGACCAAGCCGGUUCAUGCAUCUAAACAAAAAAUGAAAAGGAAGGGAAAAAUGAAGAAACUAUAAACUUCAGAAACAAAAACCCUUGUAAAUUAAACCCUAAGCAAAACGUUGAAGGACAAAAAUGGGGAAGAAGAAAAACCAAAAGCAGCAACCAUCAGCCUCAAAAGACGAUCUUCUCAAUACACUCGGAGACUUCACCAGCAAAGAAAACUGGGAUAGCUUCUUUACCAUCCGUGGCAGUGAUGACUCGUUCGAGUGGUACGCUGAGUGGCCUCAGCUUCGUGACUCACUUCUCCCUCGUAUUCAACAACACCCAUCACCCUCUUCCCUUUCUCCUUCUUCUUCGUUGCAAAUAUUGGUGCCUGGUUGUGGCAACUCCCGAUUAUCGGAGCAUUUAUACGACGCCGGAUUUGGUGAUAUAACCAAUAUCGAUUUUUCCAAAGUUGUCAUCUCCGGCAUGCUUCGACGUAAUGUAAGGGACCGACCCAACAUGCGUUGGCGGGUUAUGGACAUGACCCAAAUGCAGUUCCCAGAUGACACUUUCAAUGUUGUUCUCGACAAAGGUGGAUUGGAUGCUUUGAUGGAGCCAGAACUUGGCCCUCAGCUAGGGACUAAAUAUUUGUCAGAGGUCAAAAGAGUUUUGAAGUCCAGGGGAAAGUUCAUUUGUCUUACCUUGGCAGAAUCCCAUGUUCUAGGUUUGCUUUUUCCAAAGUUCAGAUUUGGCUGGAAUGUUUGCCUUUAUGCUAUACCUCAGAAACCAUCUACUAAGCCGGAUCUUCAAACUUUUAUGGUGGUUGCUGAGAAGGAAAGUUCCAAUGAACUUCACCAGAUCAUUUCAUCUUUCGAUCAUUCUUCCCUUGCUUGCAAUCCAAAUCAGGCUUCUGGUCUUCUUGAAGCCCUUGAAAGUGAGAAUCAAAUACGUGGAGAAUACUUGAGUGGCUCUGAUGUACUAUAUUCUCUUGAAGAUCUGCAACUUGGAGCUAAGGGGGAUCUGCAAAAACUUAGCCCUGGUCGUAGAGUUCUGCUUACUCUGGGUGAACAAGGGGUCUCACACUUUUGUUACAAAGCUGUAUUGCUUGAUGCUAAACAACAGUCUGGGGCAUUCUCUUUUCACUGUGGUGUCUUUAUUGUUCCUAAGACUCGGUCUCAUGAGUGGCUCUUCUCUUCAGAAGAAGGACAAUGGCAGGUGGUUGAAAGCUCAAAGGCUGCUCGUCUAAUAAUGGUUCUAUUAGAGGCCAGCCAUGCUAAUGCUGAUAUGGAAGAUAUUCAGAAGGAUUUGUCUCCUCUGGUGAAACCAUUGGCACCUGCUGAUAAUGAUAAAGGAAAUCAAAUUCCGUUUAUGACAGCAAGUGAUGGAAUCAAGCAGCGAAGCGUUGUUUACCAGGGAUCAUCUUCUUUAACUGGUCCCGUUGUUAUUGAAGAUGUUGUUUAUGAAAAUACUGAUGAUGAUGUCAGUCACUCUUUACCCUUCCGCCGCCUUAUCUUUGAAAGAACUGAGGGCCUGGUACAGUCUGAAGCUUUGCUAACUAGGGAUGGGUUGUUUGACAAAAGUGUUUAUGGAACAGAGAUGAAGAAAGCCAGUUCAUCUUCCAAAUCCAAACGAAGAGGAGCCCUCAAAAGAAAUAAUGAAUCAAGCAGCAAAAUGAAGGUGUAUCAUGGAUAUUUGGCCAGUUCUUAUCAUACAGCGAUCAUUUCUGGGUUUUCUCUGAUUUCAUCCUAUUUGGAAAGUGUGGCAUCAUCAGGGAAUAGGGUUAAAGCAGUUGUGAUAGGUCUUGGUGCGGGCUUACUUCCUAUGUUUCUUCAUGGAUGUAUGCAAUCUAUGCAAAUUGAGGCAGUGGAGCUAGAUCCUGUUAUGCUUAACCUUGCAAGAGACUAUUUUGGUUUUACUGAAGAUAAACGGAUGAAGGUACAUAUUGCCGAUGGCAUCCAGUUUGUCCGGGACUACAGAAACUUAUAUGCAGCUGGCAAUGAAGUGCUCCUUUCUUCCAAUGGAAGUUGCAAACUUUCAGAUGCUGAAAGCAGAAGUACCGCUAUUGACAUAAUUAUUGUUGAUGUGGACUCUUCAGACUCAAGCUCUGGACUGAGAUGUCCUGCUGCUGAUUUUGUGGAAGAGUCUUUUCUUCAAAACGUAAAAGAUACUCUUUCCGAGCAAGGUCUCUUUGUUAUUAAUUUGGUCUCAAGGUCUCCUGCCAUCAAGGAUGCAGUUGUCUCAAGGAUGAAAGAGGUUUUUAGCCACUUAUUUUGCAUUCAACUGGAGGGAGAGGUCAACCUAGUACUUUUUGGUCUUUGUUCGGAGUCUCGCAUUGAGGAGGAUUGCAUACCUGAUGCUGCCCUUAAACUUGAUAAAUUGCUUAAGUCCGAACAUCCCGAGAUAAGCCAGAGCAUCACAGAUGCAGCAAAGAAGCUCAAACGUUUAAAGUGAAGACUGUUUGAUAACAAAGUUUCCCCUUUAAUGUAUUCUCAAGUAACUCGAGAGCAAGCUUUUGCAGAUUUUGAAGCAAAUGACAUUGAAACUGGGUGACUGAAGAUUGCGCCACAGAACAUGAAAAAUCUGAGGUUGGUUUUUAUUUCUUUUCUUUGAAUGGUAUGCAUUCUGCAUCAUCUCCAGUUUGGUUGUUCGAUGUCUUAAUACUUCCGUCUUGCAUCGUUCUUGCAUACAUUUUAAGCAUUACAGUCAGAGGCCCGAAUUCAAAAUAUACCCUCUUCAAUAUGUAAUAGUAUUAACCUGUAAAUCACACCAUUGGGUGUACGAAUUUAGACAGGAUUUUUAUUUGACUUAAUCGAUUCAUUGAGAUUUGAGACCA